AUGCCAAUCAAGUCUCUGGAGUCCUUUCUGUUCGAAAGGGGUUUGGUGGGUUCAUAUCCAAUUGAAUCGCUGAAAAAUGCGACUUUAGGGAUUGAUGUUGACCACUACGUGUCUCGGUUGUUGACGUCGAAAAGAGAGCAAUAUUUGGACGCAAUUGGUGGGUUCCCAACAAGUUUGAAGCUGUAUUUGGAGUCUGACCUCCAGGUGUUCCAGGAAUACGAUAUUACCCCUGUUUUCAUCUUCAGUGGAUCGCCAGUGGCCACUCAAGCUGAGGCUAGUGGUCACUACACUGCAGCUGCCGCAGAAGCGGCAGCGGCAGCUAGCAAUGCGAAUAUUUCGGGACCCAUGAGCUCUGUUUCAAGUUCUUCGGGCAGAACUGCGAAAGAAACUGUUCUGGCUCAAAGACACAAGGCUUGGACUCAAUGGACAAACCUUCUGUCCAAUAACCAAUCAACCUACGUGGACCAGCCAAUUCCUCCAACGGAGGCAUUUCGCUACAGUGUUCCUCUAGACACCAAACGGUUCCAAAGUGACUUGAUAGCGUACCUCAUUUCGCGCGGAAUCUGGUACCAGGUGGCACCGUACUCAUCCUGGGUCCAACUGGCAUAUCUGUUGCAGCAGGGGUACAUUGACGCUAUAUAUGGGCCUACCGAACUCUUACUGUUAGGAUCGGUUGAAAAAUUCAUCUUGGGCAUGGAAUUUCCUAACAAAGAAUACCGAUUUGUUGAUAACAAGCGAGUUUUGAACGAUCUUCGCUGCUCUAUGGAUGAAUUUAUAGAUAUCAGCAUGGCUGUCGGGAAUGACCUUCAGCCAUACACUUUGUCACCGUUAGGAGUUUACCCCAGCCAGCAACUGUUCGAAGUGGCAUUGGAUAUGGUUACCACUAGCGGCACCGAUUUCUAUGCAUACCAGUUUGUCAAUCCAGUUAAGGCUGAAAGUUCUCAGUCCAUCUCACGAUACCAGAAAGGUGUUUCUGCAUUGAGGUACAUGCCAGUUUUAAAAGAGGAUGGUAAAGUUGAAUUUUUCCCUGCUGAAAGACCAAAAGAUGCCACUUCAAGUGGUUCCGACUCGAGUCAAUCACCUCCUUCUUCCGCAGGCUCUUCGGAUGUUAUUCCGUCUGACGUUCACGAUGUGGUUGCCCAAAGACUACCCCACGAAUACUACUUUUACAGAUCCUUGGGAUUGGUAAGUGGAAAGCUUCUGGAUGCCCUCACAACAGGAGUAUAUGCCGAGGAACCGCCUCUGGAUGGUGGCUCUUCAGACUCCUAUAGAAAGCUGGUCAAAGAUUCUGUGGCGCGGUUCAAAAAUAAAGAAAUAAAUCAACUAACCCAGCCAAUCAAUCGCUAUUACCAAAUCAAACCUAUAAAACAAGUAAAGUGGUUUGCACCAGAUGAUCCAGUCACCUUAACAAACAGAGCAACGCCAUCGAUUUUUGAGAGAGUCAAUUUGUUGGUUGUGAAGACCGGGGACUCGGACACGAAGUUUUCGAUCUCAAAGUUUCUGUCCGUAUUAAGUGGCGCUCAAGACAUUUCUCAUUCCUUUGUGUCGAAACAGGUCAUUUUCCCAAAUUCUGUUCCUACAGCCGAAAAGUUAUCCACAUCAUUCGACCUAUUAGCAACAAGUUUUCUGCGCACUUUGACACUUUUAGAGUUUUUCGAAUUCGAUACGACAAGCAAAAGCUUAAAGGCUACUAAAUGGGGGGAAAUUUUACUGUCACUUGGCACACAAAAGGUAGAUGCGCAGUUCGCCGAGCCACUGUUCAUAUUGCUUGUGUUUUUCAAAACAAAAGUUCUGUCCCUUUUUCAAGAGACAGUUCCUGCAACGCCAUCUGCUCUUUCGAAAGCAACACUCAGAUCUUACCCCAAAGAAUCUUCUUACAUUUUGGCUAUCACACGAGUAAUGAGUGCCUACAGAAUGGAUCAGAAGCCCUCAAAUUAUCACGGUCCAGUUGAUCGAAAAACGCUUGUUUUCAGAGACCACUUGGACUUUGUCAGGGAAAAUCUGAACGAUCUGUUCGAAACUACUGCAGUGUCUUCCCUAGCCGCUGGUGAGUUCGACAGAUUGUCGCUAGACAAUGUUGGCUGGCAAAAAAAAAUUGUGGGGGCCAUGCCUUUCAAGUUAUCGACACCCAACACCGUCAUGGCCAUGAUAUGGGAGUUUUACUUGCAAAAAUACCUGCACAAUGGCAAUUCCAAGCCGGACGCUUUGUCCUUGGUGAUGUCAUUGUUCAAUACUGGGAAAUCUAUUCCUAAUUUGCAAGAGGAGCUCGAGGUGUCUCUGCGUUUCAUGAGGCAGUUCAGUGAAAUACUGGGUGAAAUGUCCAAAGUUGGACUGUGCAAAGUUGAAGACCAUGUGUCAUUUACAGCUGCCGUGGCGUUUGCUGAGCAGGCGUUUCAAUGA